AUGCCAUGUGGUCAAUGUGUCUCGUCCAAGACACCAGCAUGUCAAUAUAGUUCGGAUCCGACCCCGGAGUCGAAAAGGCCCCGCGCUAAUGGAAAUGGCCAAUACCAUGUUACACCUAGUCCUGGAAGUACUACCAACGCAUCAUCCAACUUGAAUAGUAUUACGGACAAUGUAACUAAUGGAAUGCCAUUAGUUUCUGCAGACUUCUGGAACGAGAGGACUCCCAUUGUUGAGGGUCCACUACCAGUUCGUGGACAAGUCGUCGUACCACCUCAAAAUCCUUCGGACCCCUCCGUACAAGCUCUUCUGGACAGAGUACAUAAAUUGGAACAGGCUAUUUCUGAAACUGAAGCUAUCAAUGGUGGUCCAAAUGACACUGCUUCUUCAUGUGUUAAAGGACCUAGCCUAAGGGGUAGUCUUUCCAAGACUAGAUUCUUUGGGCGGAGUCAUUGGAUGAACUCAUUUGAACAAAAGUUCAAACAUAUGUCCAAAUUCAAAGAGCUUGGGCCACUAAGUAAAGGCGGGGAAAUCUUCGAUCUCUUGAACAAAUGCAAGGCAUUGGGUAGAAAGAUAAAAGAAUAUCAAAGUCCUGAAUCGUCAAUACCCAGUGGAUAUCGCGAUUAUGUCCCGGAGAAAGAGAUAUCAGACCGUCUUGUCAAUGCAUAUUUUCGAACCUUUGAAUCCGUCUACCGUAUAUUACAUAUACCAACAUUCGAAGAGGAAUAUGCAUUAUACUGGAAGGAUCCUGCGGCAGCAAGUACGGCGUUUGUCAUGAAGUUACUCCUCGUCAUGGCCAUUGGUACAUGUUUUUAUGAAGAUCCUAUACUUUCCAGUUCCUUACAUUCCAAAGCUCAACAUUGGAUUGCCGCUGCUCAAGCUUGGGUGUCCGCACCGUCUGAAAAGGACCGUCUUAAUAUUGUUGGUCUACAAAAUCAUUGCCUGCUUAUCAUAGCUCGUCAAGUGAACUCGGUUGGCGGCGAUCUCACUUGGAUUUCUGCUGGAUCCAUCUACCAUCUAGCCAUGUGCUUAGGUCUUCAUCGUGAUCCGGUACACUUCCCCAAAAUGGGACCAUUCCAUGCAGAGAUGCGACGGCGACUUUGGGCAACCGUUUUGGAACUUUCGCUACAGUCCAGUCAAGACCUUGGAAUGUCACCUACGAUCAACAAACAAGAUUAUGACACCGAGCUACCAGCAAACAUUGACGAUUCAGAGAUCAGUGAAACCACUACAAAAGCACCUGCGCCAAAGCCGGAAGGAACAUUUACUCAAACUUCGAUCCAAAUAUCACUCAUGCGGUCUUUCUGCACAAGGCUCGAGGUAGCAAAGUCAGUCAACAGUUUUAGAAGCGAGACUUCAUACGAAGAAACGCUACGCCUAGGAUCUGCACUCUCUUCGAUUAGUCGUUCUAGCUCAGCAUCACUACAUUCUUUCUUCGCAUCCAAUUCUGAGCAAAAGCCAAACCCAUUUCAAAUUAAGAUUCAUGAUUUUUUCAACACUCAUUUCCUGUUAGCCUUACAUAGGCCUUACGCAGUUAAAGCAAGAGCCAAUCCAACCUAUUACUAUUCGCGAAAGGUUUGCCUAGAGACCUCUUUAUCUCUCCUUGCACCGGCUAUAGCACUCCCAGAACGAUUUAAUUUAUCUCAACCUGAUGAUUGGACCCUACUUACCUGGACCGCAUCAGGCCUCAUCAAAGGGACCCAUAUACACGCAUACAUAGAACUUGGACUAGAGCUGAACCAACAACUUGAAGAGGAUCCUCCGCUACCGUUAUCGAUCAGUCCGCCACCACCUCAGCAGGUAGAAAUUCUACGCAUGCUUCGUAGUGGACGUGAUUGGACUUCUAACCGAAUUAUGAGAGACGAUACCAAUAUCAAAGGUCAUGUUUUCCUAUCAUGUCUUUGUGGUCAAAUUGAAGCUCUGCAGAAAAAUGCUUCUACUGAAGACGGAAUCGUUACUGAGGCACGGAAAAGUGUGGAAUAUUGUCUACAGUUAAUGAAGGAUAAACUCAGAAAUCAGGAAGCACAGAUGAAUGCAGAAGCAAAUCGUAAUCUUUCCAUGAAUCCCGGUCUUGAUGGCGUUAAUUGGGAUGCAGUAAUGCAAGAUCCGGGUGUGGAGUUUGAUCUUCCAGGUGAUUGGGUUUUCUCUGGCUGGGAAGAUAGUUAUUUAUGGGUUUGA